UAUGCUCUGCAGUUAAAAAGUUUUUCUCUGUGGCCGCGGACGUUGCGGCAAUGUCGGCAAUAUUGAGGAAAGGGCCCAAGGUGUGCUGCGCGUCUGUAUGGUUUGGCAACUCGGGCAGGAACAGCAGGGCAAAAUUUUCCGUUUCGCGGCGGACAAGAGGCUGCCACGCUCUGUCGCAGUUACCGGUGCAAAAACACCUUCCAUCUAAGAGUUACCGGCUCCCUCAGACCUCAGCAACGGCUCGCCUUCCGCCGGGGGCAGUUAAAGGCAACUCUCCUAGGGCUUGUUUCACCGCAUGUGCAAACAAGAAUAUCCAAAAAGGAGGACGGACGAAUAGGCACCACCGUUGCACAAUUGAUGGAGUAUCGCACAAAUCAGCGCUGGGUUCGGCUUCCAUGGAGGGUACCGGUGUAAACGCGACUUCCAAAAUGCGGUUCUUCUCCGUCCUGUUUCUGCUUGGACUGCUGGUUGCAUUCCUGACUCUAGCCUCCGCCACCGAAGAUGAAAGCACGGAGCCGCACCUUCGAGUCCGCCGCGGUUUCGGCUGCCCAAUCAGUGACUUCUGCCACAAGCACUGCCUGAGCAUCGGCCGCCGGGGAGGAUACUGUGGAGGAAAAUGGAAGCUCACGUGCAUCUGCUACAAGAGCUGAAGUGUUCCCGCUGUAAGGUUUCAAUAAAUCUUGCGCGCGCAGUCUGCGCAUACAGUGCAA